GCCAGCCUUAUGUGCCACCCCCAGCACCACGUGCUUUCAUUUUCCACAAUACGUUUUGACGUGGGACUCCAUAAAUAUCUUCUAGAAAUCUAAGCCCACCACCAGUUCCUUUUCAUCCAUAACGCGUUACUUCUUUAAACAACUCAAACUCGAUCUCUUUUCACAAGGCCAUCGAAAAGAACAGUGCUGCUGUUAUUUUUUUGCUUGGUAUUGGUGGUCUCUUCAAGCGGGAAGUUUGAUAGGGGUCUUUUCUCAAUAUUAGAGUCAAAAUUCACAACACGCCGCGUUAUAUAGUCCAACAGGUUUAUUUGAAACCGUAAGGUGCCGAAGGAAGGAGCUGGGGCUCCGAAAGCUUGUGAUUUCAAAUAAACCUGUUGGACUAUAACCCAGUGUCAUGUGAAUUUUAACUUUAUCCAACAUGAGUACUUUCACCUCCAUAUCUCAACUAUCGGGGGUUGUCUCUAUAAUUAGGAGUUAACCUGAAACAAGGAAUGACCUGUUUGUGUUUGCUUUUUAAAACGAGUUUCUUCCCCUCGGGGAAGCAAACGGCUGUUGUUUUGGAAUACAAUUGCAAAAGGUUGGAACUGGCCUCUGGAAAAGCUCAGGUAUUUACACAGAUUUACGACAUUUACCUGGAGGGAUUUCUCUUUUGUAAACUAAGGUACAGCCAGCUCCAUAGAUGGAAUGAAAAGUUGAGGCGUUAUUUUGGGAGCAAUCUUGUGCCACAUUUUCCACCUAAGAGUUAUCUCGCACAAACUGAGUCUACAGCUGAAGAAAGAAGACUUCAAUUACAGCAGUAUCUUCAGAAAGUUGGUGAGGAUCCUGUUAUAUCUGUCAGUGAAAUAUUCACCACUUUAUUAAAGAAUGCACAACAGGAAACUUUUAAAAUUUGUGCACGGGCUAUUCUCUUGGAGAUUCUUCUUGCAGAUGGGAAAAAGCUUCUGAUUGACACCCACACAACUCACUCAGCAGAGCGGAUGUUGGAGAUUGUUGCCCAGAAGGUUGAAUUGUCACGGCAGUUUUUGGAACACUUUGCCCUCUACCUCGUCCGUGAACUUCCUAAUCAAGGAUAUUCUGUGCUGAAAAGGUUGAAUGCGUUUGAACUGCCAUAUGUGAGUCUCUGGAGCCUGCAGGAUGAGAACUGCAAAAUAAUGAUCAGGAAAAGAUGUUUCUGUGACGGAGGCAGGAGGGCAGUGGGGUUCAGUUAUUUGGAUCCAUUAGAAAACAAAAUACUCAUGCAAAGUAAUGGUGGUGUCUCAUUAUUAUACAGCCAGGCUACAUAUGAGCUGGAGCGAGGCUGGGUUAGUCCUACUAAGGAACAAUACCAGCAGCUGAAAGCUUUCCAAGAUGCAGAAAUGAAGAGAGAGGCAUUUGAUAACUAG